CACAAAUAUAUUUUCCCUCUCAGAGUUCAGCGUUCAUCCUAAUUGACUGCAAGAGCCAUUCAGUUUCAUUGACAUCUACCUAUGAAACCAGGCACAUAGGAUGAUGGUGGCAUCAAACAGAACUGGGGUGUUUGUACCCUUCAACUGUUAAACUUCAAGGGCAUUAGUUGCUGUCUUAAUUUUUUUUUCUCUUAAUUUUGGCUGUGAUUUUGCUCCUUUUUGCCUACAGGGAGCACUGUAGCCCAACAUGCUCCGUCUGGGAUUCUGGGUGGCUACCCUGCUCUUCAUUUUUGCUCCCAGGAUAGUCCACUGUGACUGCUGGCUGAUCGAAGGAGACAAAGGCUACGUGUGGCUUGCUAUCUGCAGCCAGAACCAGCCACCAUAUGAAACUAUUCCCCAGCAUAUCAACAGCACUGUGCAUGACCUGAGGCUGAAUGAGAACAAACUCAAGGUGGUGCUCUACUCCUCUCUGAACCGCUUUGGUAACCUGACAGAUCUGAAUCUAACAAAAAAUGAGAUCUCCUACAUUGAGGAUGGAGCUUUCAUGGGCCAAACAAAUCUGCAGGUAUUGCAGCUGGGCUACAAUAAGCUCACCAAUCUGACUGAGGGCAUGCUUCGUGGCAUGGGCCGGCUCCAGUUCCUCUUUGUGCAGCACAAUCUGAUUGAGGUGGUUACCCCCAAUGCCUUCAUGGAAUGCCCUAGCCUCAUCAGUAUCGACCUAUCUUCCAAUCGUCUCAGCCGGCUAGAUGGAAGCACCUUCACCAGCCUGAACAACCUGAUGGUGUGUGAGCUAGCUGGGAACCCCUUCAACUGUGACUGCAACCUCUAUGGCUUCCUCAUGUGGUUGGUAGCCUUCAACAAUGUCACAAAAAACUACGAUCGUCUGCAGUGUGAGACUCCCCGGGAGUUUGCUGGCUAUCCACUUCUGAUGCCUCGGCCACACCACAGCCGCAAUGCUAUCACCAUUUUCAAGUCAAUGUGUGGGGAUGGAACCUUUCCACCCAUCUCCAGGAUCAGACCUACACAGUUCAUAACAGAUCCUCAAAGGGAUCCAGAUGAUAAUGCUGAAAACUCAGGCAUUAGCCCAGGGGACUUCCUUUCUGUUGAACCUCCAGCGUCUUCCACCACUGAUUCUUCCUCCAACCCCAGCAUAAAGCUCCAACACGUAUCAAUCAACUCAGCUGCUUUGAUGGUGACCAUUCCAUUCCCCUUUAGCAAGAUGUAUGUCCUGGUUCAAUACAAUAAUAGCUAUAUAUCUGAUGUAACAACUCUAAAGAAGAAGAAAGAAUCAGUCAUUCUCAACCACUUGAAGGCUCACACGGAUUAUACAUUCUGUGUUGCUUCAAUCCGCAACUCCAAACGUUAUAACCAUACUUGCCUCUCCUUUGCCACAAGGAGUAGAGGGAGGGAAGAGCCAAUACCCAGUACAUCCACCACUACCCACUACAUCAUGACUAUUUUAGGCUGCCUUUUUGGGAUGGUUAUUAUCCUUGGCAUUGUCUAUUAUUGCCUGAGGAAGCGUAGGAUGCAAGAGGAAAAACAAAAAUCCCUCAAUGUCAAGAAAACUAUUUUGGAGAUGCGCUAUGGCUCAGAUAUCGAUACCAGUUCAAUUGUACAUCCAUCCCAGAAAUUGGGAGAGCCACCAGUCAUCCCUGUCUCACGGAUGUCCUCUCUUCCAUCCAUGAUUGGAGAGAAGAUUCCUUCAUCCAAAUCUAUGGACGCUGGCAUGGAGACUCCCAAGGUUACCACAAAAGGCAAUUACAUUGAGGUUAGGACCGGUGGUGGGGAUGGGCUGGAUAGGUCACAGCGGGAUGAUGAUCUGCAUGAACUGGAUAAUGGCCAAGGUUCAGCAGCUGAAAUCUCAACAAUUGCCAAGGAAGUAGACAAAGUGAACCAGAUAAUCAACAAUUGCAUUGAUGCCCUCAAGCUGGAUUCAGCUUCCUUCUUGGGGGGAGGGGGUGGUGUUGAUUCUGACAUGGCUUUUGAAUGCCAGUCCAUACCAGCCAGUUCUGCUGGUCUGGAGCGACCAAGUUUUCUCUCCCCACCAUAUAAGGAGAGUUCCCACCAUCCCCUGCAGCGCCAGCUUAGUGCAGAUGCUGCUGUGACAAGGAAAACCUGCAGUGUCUCAUCCAGUGGCUCCAUCAAAAGUGCUAAGGUUUUCAGUCUUGAUGUACCUGAUCAUCCUCCACUGAGCAAAGCAGAUUCCAAAUACAUUGAGAAAGGAAGUCCACUCAACAGUCCUUUGGAUCGUCUUCCCCUUGUGUCCCCAGGUGCCAUCCACCACUUGGAGGUGAAACCUUCCUACCACUGCAGCGAACACCGGCAUUCCUUCCCAGCCCUGUACUAUGAAGAGAGUGGUGACACUUUAAGCCAACGGGUGUCCUUUCUUAAGCCCCUCUCCCGUUCCAAGCGGGACUCUACAUAUUCUCAGCUCUCACCUAGACAUUACUUCUCGGGCUAUUCCUCCAGCCCAGAGUACUCUUCAGAGAGCACCCAUAAGAUCUGGGAGCGUUUCCGACCUUACAAGAAGCACCACCGAGAGGAGGUUUAUAUGGCAGCUGGUCAUGCUCUGAGAAAGAAAGUCCAGUUUGCCAAGGAUGAAGAUCUGCAUGAUAUCUUGGAUUAUUGGAAAGGCGUAUCCGCUCAACAGAAGUUGUGACUCCCUCAUUAAAAGGAAGAUAAACCAACCGUACAAACAGAUUAACCCCCCCCUCCACCUGACUGUGGAAAAAAAAUCUGACAAAAGAAACUGAAACCAUUUCUUAAAGUUUA